ACAGUCGUGGCAUUCCUCCAGAACCACUUAAGUGUGGAACAGUUCUCAGUCCCCAAACACUUCCAUCAUUUGAAUCAUAUAUUUAGUGACAAAACACUGGAUUCGAUCUUCUUAACAGAUGUCUUGAGUCCAGACGAGUCUUUCAAAGAGUUUUUCGUUCAAAAUGCAAAUGAUUUGAAUAUAAAUGACGGGAAAAAAGUUGUCAUAAAUCUACCCAAAAAUGAUUUACUAGAAAACGAGGAACUGAUCGGCGAUUUGUGGCAUAAGAUCAGUCAUAAUGUGUCGCAAAACGUAUUGUUUGUGAUAACGGGUCGACACAACACUCAGACAUAUAACAAGAGUGGAGUGGAAGUGAAUCAUCGGUUCCGACGAGCCGUGAAGCCAAACGACGAUUUGGAUCGAUUGGUGUCCAUUGAGUCGUGUCUCUACUUCUUCACGCGCUCUCUGACCCUCACAUACAAUCCCGGCCAACGGUACGGCCGUCCUAUCGUCACCACAUUUGACACCAUUCCUAGACCAGCG